AUGCCGCCAGCAACGCCUCGAGCCGCCUACGUCCACCUGCCCUUCUGCCGCCGCCGCUGCUUCUACUGCGACUUUCCCAUUUCUGUCGUCGGGUCCAAGCCGGGUGCUGCGGAUGCGGCGGCGGAGCGGUAUUGCGCGCUCCUCCACCGGGAGAUCGCCGCCAGCCCGAGCCGGCAGCCGGGUGCUCCGCCACUCGCGUCCCUGUAUUUUGGUGGCGGCACGCCGUCGCUGACGCCGCCUCCGCUGCUGGCGGGGCUGGUCGACGGCUUGCGCGACGCCUAUGGUCUCGCCGACGGGUGCGAGGUCACGCUCGAGAUGGAUCCGGGCACCUUCGAUGUAGCGCGGCUGCGCGCCUUCCUCGAGGCAGGCGUCACGCGCGUGAGCCUCGGCGUGCAGUCGUUCGACGACAAGCUGCUAACGUCGGCAGGCCGAUCCCACGACGCCGCCGAGGCGCGCGCCGCCGUCGAGAUCCUCAUGCAGGCGCAGUCCUCGGCCGGCGGCCUCCCGGGCGAGGACCUCGCCUCGUGGCGCCGAUCGCUCAAUGCGGCCGCCACGACGGGCGCGCAGCACAUCUCUGUCUACGACCUUCAGGUGGAGCCGCGCACUGCGUACGGCCGGUGGGCGGAGGCGGGCACGCUCAAGGCGCUGCCCGACGAGGCCCUCGCAGCGGAGAUGUACCGCGAGGCGUCGGCUGUGCUGAGGGCGCGCGCUGCUGCGGCGGGGCGCGGGCAGAGGGCGCACGGGCUGCAGCGGUACGAGGUCUCCUCCUUUGGGCGGGAGGGGCACCGCUCGCAACACAACUCCGCCUAUUGGCGCAAUGAGCCUUUCUUUGCUUUCGGCUUGGGCGCCACUUCGCACCUCGACGGCGUGCGGCUCGCGCGGCCGCGGCGAAUGGACGCAUACGAGGCCUUUGCGGAGCUGGGCGUGCGUGAGGAGGGCGUCGAAGCGAUGACGACACUCAUCAUGCUGCAGCUCCGCACCACGCGGGGGCUGCUGCCGGCGGAGCUGACGCCGCGCUUCGGCGAGACGCUCGCCGCUGCGGCCGAGGGCGCGUGCCGCGACGCCGCAGCCGAGUUGCCCGCCGAGUGGUGGGUGAUGGAGGCGGAGGAGGCGAGCGGCGGGGGCGACAGCGGUGCUGAGGCAGCACCGCGUUGCCGUCGCUUCGCGUUGCGAGACCCGGAGGGGCUGCUCUUCUCGAAUGACGCGAUUUCGACCGUCUUUGCCCGGCUCGACGAACGACUCGAGCGUGACGACGUUGGUGGGGGCGGCUUGGGUGGCUGCGAGGCGGGAAGUUAG